GAUUUGGUGUGACAAUCAACAUAACCUCAAAUUUGAAAAUGUUAUAUACUCUUUUACUCUUCGGAAUUUGAUUUCGUAUGGUGUAAGUUUCUUUUCUCUAGUUCUUGACUAGAUAGCUUUUAAUUUUACGUUAAAACUUUGGAUAUUUAUUGAACAUAAUAAAAAAUGGCUCCAAGGAAAGGAAAAGUACAAAAAGAAGAGCCAGUAAUCCAACUGGGACCACAAAUUCAAGAAGGAGAAUUGGUUUACGGUGUUGCUCACAUUUUUGCUAGCUUCAAUGAUACAUUUGUACAUGUAACAGAUUUAUCUGGAAGAGAAACAAUUGCUAGAGUUACCGGUGGAAUGAAAGUAAAAGCUGACAGAGAUGAGGCUUCUCCUUAUGCUGCUAUGUUGGCUGCCCAAGACGUUGCGGAAAAAUGUAAAUUAUUGGGUAUCACAGCUUUGCAUAUUAAAUUGAGGGCUACUGGUGGAAACAAGACAAAAACACCUGGUCCAGGAGCACAAUCUGCAUUACGUGCUCUAGCUCGUUCAAGUAUGAAAAUCGGCAGAAUUGAAGAUGUAACACCAAUUCCCUCAGAUUCUACACGUAGGAAGGGUGGUCGCAGAGGUAGACGUUUGUAAUUUACCAAUUUACAUUUGUAUUACAUGUUGUGUAUACCACAAAUAUUAAAUUGGAUGUCUCUUUAUACAAA